UACAACCCAGUUUGCUGCUGUUCGCUUAGUGACUUACGGACCGUUAACAGUACCGGUGCAAGACAAGACUGUUCCUCUUCAUUCCUUAUCUCCUUGACUUUCCCUGAAGAUGCAGUUUGACGGAUUACCGGUCAUGAAAACUCCAGCUCGAGCUCCAGAACCUCGAGGGGAGCGGCGGUUCCACUCCCUGAAGGGGCUGCUGCUGGAGAGUGUGCGGCGCCAGACUUUCGUGGACUGGCAUGUGGACUUUAUGGACCAGGACAAGCUGGCUCAGGCUGGAUUCUUCUACCUGCGGACCAUGGACCACGUGCAGUGCGCCUUUUGCCGCGGGAUCGUGGGUUUCUGGGACGAGGGGGACCAACCUGAGACGGAGCACAAGAAACAUUUCCCAAACUGCCCUUUUGUUACGGGGGUCGCCACGGGUAACAUCCCUGCUGAUGCCGACCCUAACACUGACGAGGGACAGUUGUACAAGAUGCUCAACGAGUUUUACGCCUACAAGAUGGCCAACACGCGCCCCUCGCUGCCCUCCGCUUACCAAACCGACUCAAUGCGGGUGCUGGACAGCCCAACGAUAGCCUAUCCACAUCUCAACACGUCCGUCAGCCGCUUGCGCACGUUUUCCCGCUGGCCGAAGGAGACGCGGGUAGAUGCGGAGAAACUGUCAGAUGCGGGCUUCUUCUACACUGGGUUGUCAGACUUCGUGCAAUGUUUUCACUGUGGCGGGGGUCUGUUUGCCUGGCGAGCUAAGGAUGACCCCUUCGCUAACCACGCACGCUACUACCCGCACUGUAGCUUCAUCCGCAUGGCACACAACGUCCCCAACGGUGCGGAAAUGAACGGUGAAGCGAACACACUAGAGCGACCACUGACCCUCAGCAAGACGGAGGCGGAGAUGCUGCUACACCACCCCUCCCCACAGCGCCUGGUGACUCUGGGCCUGUCCUCAGUGUCCGUCAGGGAGACAUUCAAGUUGUGUGUGGAGCAGCGCGGCUUCCUCUGCGCCAUGGUGACUGAGGCGCUGGAGUUGGUGUUUGAUUACGACGAGAAGGAGCGACAGAAACAGCCGAAGAACCAGUGCCAUGACGGACUGCCGGUGCCUCCGUCUGAACCCCAGGAGCCGAGCCAGGAACCAGCCGCGGGUACAUCAGAAGCAUCAAUGGAGGUGGAGGAAACGAAGGAGCCUUUUUUUCCUCCCACGCCGCCUCCAGAACACAAUGGUCAAUCCAAACUCUCAGACUACUCCAAGUUGCUGCAGGAAGUUCAAGCGUUACGUCAGGCUGUGCAGGUCGAAGAGCGCCGCCUUCAGUGCAGGAUGUGCGGGAAGGAGCAGGUCGCCGUGGUGUUCCAGCCGUGCUCACACCUGCAUCUGUGUGCCGACUGUGCCCGCCCGAGAGACUCCUGCAUCACCUGCGGCAGCGUGGUCCGCGGCACACUCAGACCUAUCAUUGGUUGAGCCGCUCCACCCUGGGCCGCCUGGAACGUGGCCGCAACGCAGAAGGGUGCUAUUCCCGCUACAAGUCGGUGUGCCGUCCCCUCCCUGCCCCAAGCCCUCGUCCCUCUCACUCUUCCACCUGCCCUCAGAGGCAACAGCUGCCGCCCACACCACUGCAUACUCUCAUGCCGCCACCCAGUAUCGCAAAGCCACGCUCCCUCACGCCAAUACC